AUGACACUCACCGUUACCGCUUCAUUCCUCAUCGUCUUCCUCUCGCUAAUCACCGUUUAUGGUGAUGUUAUCAAACUACCUUCUCAAGCUUCUAAGUUCUUCCGUCCGGCGAAAGAUGAUUCUUCGGUUGGUACUCGGUGGGCUGUUCUCGUCGCCGGAUCCAGUGGAUACUGGAAUUACAGACAUCAGGCGGAUGUUUGUCAUGCUUAUCAGCUUCUAAAGAAAGGUGGGUUAAAAGAGGAAAAUAUUGUGGUGUUUAUGUAUGAUGAUAUUGCAAAGAACAAAGAGAACCCAAGGCCUGGAGUCAUUAUUAACAGUCCUCAUGGAGAGGAUGUCUAUAAUGGAGUUCCAAAGGAUUACACUGGCGAAGAUGUUAACGUUGAUAACUUAUUUGCUGUGAUCCUUGGAAAUAGAACAGCUCUUAAAGGGGGAAGUGGGAAGGUUGUAGAUAGUGUUCCAAACGAUCAUAUCUUCAUAUAUUAUAGUGAUCACGGCGGUCCGGGAGUGCUUGGGAUGCCAACUUCUCCACACCUAUAUGCGAAUGAUCUCAAUGAUGUCUUGAAGAAAAAACAUGCUUCUGGAACCUAUAAGAGCUUGGUGUUUUAUUUAGAGGCUUGUGAAUCAGGAAGUAUUUUUGAAGGUCUUUUACAAGAUGGUUUAAACAUUUAUGCUACAACUGCAUCAAACGCAGAGGAAAGUAGUUGGGGUACUUAUUGUCCUGGAGAGGAUCCUAGUCCUCCUUCCGAGUAUGAGACAUGUUUGGGUGACUUGUACAGUGUUGCUUGGAUGGAAGACAGUGAUAAACAUAAUUUACAGACAGAGAGUUUGCACCAACAAUAUGAACUGGUUAAAAGGAGGACUGCUGGUUCUAGUUCGUCUUAUGGUUCACAUGUCAUGGAGUAUGGAGAUUUAGGACUCAGCACAGAGAAGCUUGUCCUUUAUAUGGGCACAAACCCAGCCAAUGAAAACUUCACCUUUGUGGAUGAGAAUUUACUAAGGAUGUCUUCAAAAGUUACAAACCAGCGUGACGCAGAUCUUGUCCAUUUUUGGGAUAAGUAUCGAAAGGCACCAGAAGGUUCCGCAAGAAAAGUGGAAGCUCAAAAGCAACUCCUUGAAGUAAUGUCUCACAGACUUCACGUCGAUAAUAGCGUUCUAUUAAUUGGGAAAUUCUUGUUUGGCAUUUCACAAGGUCCUGCAGUGCUAAAUAAAGUUCGGCGUUCUGGAAAACCGCUUGUGGACGAUUGGGACUGUCUUAAAACAAUGGUGAGAGCUUUUGAGAGGCAUUGUGGAUCAUUGUCUCAGUACGGAAUCAAGCACAUGAGGGCUAUUGCAAACAUAUGCAAUGCAGGGAUUCAAAUGGAACAGAUGGAGAAGGCAGCGAUGCAAUCUUGUCCAACCAUACCAAUCAGUCCUUGGAGCUCUCUUCACCACGGAUUCAGUGCAUGA